AUGGACACGCAGGUCGAUCGCCUCGUCGACAAGAUAUGGGGCAAAUGCCAGACAUUACCGGAUAAUGCACGCCUGCUGGUCGCAGUGAGCGGGAUCCCGGGAUCGGGGAAGACCUCACUGGCCAAGAACAUGGCCUCGCGCAUCAACAAGCUCUACAUGACGCACGCAGCGGGCCAGCCACCCAUCGCCACCGCCGUCCCCAUGGAUGGCUACCAUUUCACGCGGGCCCAGCUUGCCGAGAUGCCGGACCCGGUGUAUGCGGCGGCGCGGCGCGGCGCGGCGUUCACCUUCGACGGCGAGAAGUUCCUGAAGCUGGUGCAGGCGCUGCGCGAGCCGCUGACGGCCGCGACGCCGAGCCUGUACGCGCCGAGUUUCGACCACGAGGUCAAAGACCCCGUCGACGGGGACAUUACCAUUCCGGCGUCGUGUCGGGUGAUCUUCUUCGAGGGGAAUUAUCUCAGUCUGGAUAAGGAGCCGUGGAACCGGGCCGCGGCCUUGAUGGAUGAGCUGUGGUUUGUUGAUGUGGAUUUUGAGGUCGCGCGGCGGCGCCUCGUGCGGCGGCAUGUUAAGGCUGGGAUUGCGAAGGACGAAGCGGAGGCAGAGAAGCGCGUUACGGAGAACGAUCUUGUCAAUGGGAGGGAGAUUGUGGAUUUCCGGUUACCGGUGCAGGAGAUCAUUACGAGUUCAUAUGAUCCUCAAUGGGAGCUGUGA